AUUCUCGGUCUGCGAUAAUCUCUUGGCAGGUCAGGAGAGUAGAUCUCGAGCUGCAAGCUGAGGGCAGCUGUCUUUUACUGCCUCUCAGCUCCAGCCGGUAUCGGGAGACUUUGCUGCUACAUUUGUUUCCCGUUCAGUAGAUAUUUUAAAGACGGGAUGGCACACAUCUUCUGAGGGCAGGGAAAAAUUUCUUCUCAACAUGUUUUCAGAAAACAUUUAUAUUAACACGAACUUCAAAAAUAAAUAUGACUCCUCAGACAUCGACACAGACUCUCGGCCAGAUCCCCCAAAGAAGAGCAAGUCUCAGAAAAGUUGCCACAAGUUCUCCAAGGUCCUCUUUACCUCACUCAUAAUCUAUUUCCUGCUGUUGACAAUCUUAUUCUCCAGUGCUCUGAUCAUUCUGUUUAAAAAAUAUUCUCAGCUUCUUGAAGAAAAAACAAUUAUGAAGGAACUGAACUAUACUGAAUUGGAGUGUACAAAAUGGGAUUCACUCUUGGAAGACAAAGUCUGGAGCUGUUGCCCAAAGGAUUGGAAGUCAUUUGAUUCCAACUGCUACUUCCCUUCCACUGACUCAGUAGAAUCUUGGAUGGAGAGUGAGGAGAAGUGCUCCAGCAUAGGUGCUCAUCUGGUGGUGAUCCACAGCCAGGAAGAGCAGGAUUUCCUGCCCAGGAUCCUGGAUACUCAUGCUGCUUAUUUUAUAGGACUUUCAGAUCCAGGUCAUCGACAAUGGCAAUGGGUUGAUCAGACACCAUACAAUGGGAAUGCCACAUUCUGGCACGAAGGUGAGCCCAGCAGUGACAAUGAACAAUGUGUUAUAAUAAAUCAUCGUGAGAAUACUGGAUGGGGCUGGAGUGAUAGCUCUUGCAGUGAUAAACAGAAGUUGGUUUGUCAGGUGAAAAAAAUAUACUUAUGAAUCACACAUUCUCCUUGACUGUGGGAUUGCAUUGUUAUCCACCACUACACAGAUGCUUGGAAAGUUCUUCAUGUGAAAGAGAGGUCCACAGAAUUUUAGGUACGCAGCCAGUGUUUAUACAUAUUAUAAUACUGCUACAUGUGUAAAUUUACUUAAUCAUUUGUCAUUUUCUUAUAUAAUGAGAAUUUUCCAUGUACCAGAGACUAUAGAGGAGACUCUCUGUGCAUAUGUGGGAGCAAUAAACUUCUCUACCUAUUCCCAGGUUUCCAAAGUCUUAUUUGAUAAUAGGAUUGGAUGAUGUUGUCCCUGUACACAUUUCUUUCCCUCUUUCUUUGUUUUUCUCUGUCUUUGGCUUCAUUGAUGUAUAAUUGACAAAUAAAUCAUGGAUACUCA